UUGGAAUAGCAAAAGGUACAUACAUACUUGGAGAAUGCAAUCAAGUAUGUAACAUAUAUAUCUAUUAGAUUUUCAAAUUGGUUAAUCCGGAUGGCGAGGGAAGUUCGAAGAGCGCCGAAGACAUCCGAAGGAUUCUCGAGGGUUGGCGUCGGUGCGCCGCUUAUUAUACCAAACCAGUCGGCUCUUAGGUAUUGAUGUGAUAGUACGCGCGUUUUCGUCCUCAGUUUUUUUUGUGCCUUUUCGUUUUUCGGUUCUCUCACCCCCUGUUCCGAUUUAUUUUGAUUCCAUCUUUCGUAUCGGUUUGUUACAUAUAUUACCGUUCCAGUAUGGGAUUUCGUGUUAAAGUUUAAGUGAUCGAUUGUGUUUGUUGUUCUCAGUUUUGUUAUUCUCGAAAUGGCGAUGUGGCGUACGUCGUCGCUACUUUUGUGCAUUUUUUUCGUGUCCCAUGUUUCAUCGGAUCAUAAUAGCAUGAUGAUGUCCCGCAUCUCCGAGUCAGAUGAUGACACCCUGCCGUCGCACAAUAAGUGCCAGCCGAUCACGGUGCCGGUCUGCCUUGACAUCCAGUACAACACGACGAUAAUGCCGAAUCUGCUGAACCACCAGAAGCAAGAAGAUGCCGGUAUGGAGGUGCACCAAUACUUUCCGUUGGUGAAGAUCCGUUGCAGUCCUUACGUGCAGCUAUUCCUCUGUUCUGUGUAUGUGCCUGUCUGCACCAUUCUGGAUAGGCCUUUGCCGCCGUGCAGAUCACUAUGUUUAUCGGCAAAGAACGGCUGCGAAAACAUCAUGUCCAAGUUCGGAAUCGAAUGGCCGGAGAAUCUGGACUGCGCCAAAUUUCCGCAAGGUCAGGACAUCGAUGGCGAAAUGUGUGUAGGUGAAAAUAAGACGGCUGUGGCUGCCGCAGAUGCCACGACGCCGAGCCCGAAGGGUCGAUACCCUCUGGGUCCUAUCAGCUUCCAGCCAAACAAGAAACAGCCCUUCAGGGAGUUCGGCGGACGGGACUUCGGAUUCGUCUGUCCAGUUCAGUUCAAAGUACCUAAGAUUCUGGAGUAUUCCUUGAAGGUGGGCGACAAGGUGGAGAAGGACUGCGGAGCUCCGUGCCACAUGAUGUUCUUCAGCGAGAACGAGAGAAAAUUCUCGCGCGUAUGGAUUGGUACCUGGGCCCUUCUGUGCUCCGCCAGCUGUCUCUUUACCGUCUGCACCUUCCUCAUCGAUACCGACCGCUUUCGGUACCCGGAACGACCGAUCAUCUUCCUAUCCGUCUGCUAUCUGAUGGUCGCACUGGCCUACGUGUUCGGUUUCAUUGCCGAGGACUCGGUGUCAUGUCGGGAGGCGUUCUCCAUGCCCAAAUCCGGAGUACAGACGGUCAGCACGAUUACGCAGGGCACCAAGUACGAGCUCUGCACUAUCCUCUUCAUGGUCCUGUACUUCUUCAGCAUGGCCAGCAGCAUCUGGUGGGUCGUCCUGACCCUCACGUGGUUCCUUGCUGCGGGCCUCAAGUGGGGUCACGAGGCCAUCGAGGCCAAUUCCCAGUACUUCCAUUUGGCGGCGUGGGCCGUACCAGCUAUAAAGACCAUAACCAUUCUCGCCAUGGGCAAAGUUGAAGGUGAUAUAUUGAGUGGCGUUUGCUACGUGGGGCUUUGGAACGUCGAAUCUUUGAGGACGUUCAUCCUAGUUCCACUGUGCGGGUACCUGGUGCUGGGUACUAUUUUCCUGAUGGCCGGUUUCGUGUCGCUCUUUCGCAUUCGGACGGUGAUGAAGCACGACGGCACGCGCACCGACAAGCUGGAGAAGCUGAUGAUCCGCAUCGGCAUCUUCUCGGUGCUCUAUACCGUUCCGGCCCUCAUAGUUCUUGCUUGUCUCUUCUACGAGAUGUUCUCCUUCGACUCCUGGAUGAUCACCUGGACGAAGGACAUGUGCAAGAAACAGUACGCCAUCCCUUGCCCGAAGAAGGACUACGACCGACGGCCGCAGUUUGAGGUCUUCAUGAUCAAGUAUCUGAUGUACAUGAUCGUCGGCAUCACGUCAAGCGUCUGGAUUUGGUCCGGGAAGACGAUGCACAGUUGGCGCGUCUUUCUUAAUAGGAUCAGGGGUCGACACGCCGAGGCCUACGUGUGAGAGACUAAUUAA